AUGGCAAUAACUUGGACUUUGAACAACGUCGUCCACGCGCUGACCACCGUACUCAACCUCAACGAGUCGAUUGCUACUAUCAUGUGGCAACAAGCCAUAAUUGCUAACCCAGAGCCCAAUGCCACCUUCUUCACUCUGCAAGCUAGCACAACUUCUCUCGAUCAGCUCAAGGUGCACAAUCUCUUGGAACACGAUUCCAGCUUGAGUCGAUCUGACGCCUUCUUUGGCAACAACCACGUCGUCAACCAAACCAUCUUCGACACCUCAAAAGCCUACUUCACCGACGAGACAAUGACAGCUACAAACUCCGGGUACACUUUCACUAAGACUAACAAGGCUUUCAGUCUCGGUGAGAUGGCGGCGCUUAUUCUGAUGUUUGGUGAUUUGCCGACUGCAACGGUCAAUCGCACGAUUGUGGAGUUUUUCUUUGAGAAUGAGCGACUCCCUUCCUCCCUCGGCUGGACGAAGCAAGCAAACUCCAUCACGCCUGAGGAUGUCACUAGGAUGUCUCAAAUCGUUAGCAAUGUCACUAGUCUCAUCACGGCCCAUCAUCGCUAA